AUGGUUCUUGUUCCUUUGAUAUCACAGAGCUUAUGUGAAUAUGGCGAUCCAUGUACAACACCCGAUAAUGUGGCAGGUAUUUGUGUACCCGUUAAAUCAUGUCAACCGGCUUUUGAAUUUUUCACACAACUUCAAGAGAGUGGCCGUGUGAUAACACCCAGUGAACGAGACGAAAUUCAAAGUUUACAUUGUGGCACCUUUAGAAAUCUGCCCCAUGUCUGCUGUGCCACAUCCAAAGUCCAAUUAAAUCCGGAUGGUAUGUCUGUUCUCCAGAGACAAACAUGUGGAGUUUAUCCCAUAAGAAAGGUUACCUAUGGUCAUGAGGCAAGAUUAAUGGGUUUUCCAUGGAUGGCCCUAUUGGUGUACGACGAUGAACGUGAUCCAUAUAAAUGUGGUGGUUCCAUAAUAAGUGAACAAUACGUUCUAACCGCUGCACAUUGUGUAAAAGGAAGAGAAAGGACCAUACUAUAUGUUCGCCUGGGAGAACAUCGCAAAAGUACGCCCAUCGACUGUGUUACAUUGGGUCCACAGACAACAUGUGCUCCAGCGCCUGUUGAAGUUCGUAUUGCAGAAUUUAUUAUACAUCCCAAAUAUCGCUCGGUUUACAAUGAUAUUGCUUUGUUGCGUUUGGAGCGGAAGGUAGAACCCGAUCGUCACAUAAAACCAAUUUGUUUGCCCAUAUACGAUAAUCUACGAACAAAGGAAAACGAACAAUAUGUUCUAUCUGGUUGGGGUAGAACAGAAACAGGAAAUUCAUCGGAUGUCCUUCGAGUUGCCAUUAUACCACAAGUCGAUCUGAUUAGUUGUCAAAAUCAACUGCGACCAUUUGGUCUUACUUACCAGUUGGACCAUACUCAUAUAUGUGCCGGAGCAAAAAAUUUAGUUGAUGCCUGUAAAGGUGAUUCUGGUGGACCAAUCGGAUAUACGGGCAUCUAUAAUGAAUGGUCACGUUUUAUACAAUAUGGUGUUGUCACUGUGGGUGUGUCCAAUUGUGGGGAGACAAAUGUUCCGGGAAUUUAUGCAAAUGUCUCGCAUUAUAUGCAAUGGAUAACGGAUCACAUACGACCAGAAUAA